GGCCUCUUCCGCAAUCGACCCAACCGGUCGCAAGUGGCCCGUCUUCCUCAGCUCGCCUCGCCCACCAACCUCGACCCCUCCGCGUCCGCCCCCCCCCCCCCCCCCGCCAGGGCGAUGCCGGUCGGCCAGCCGCACGCGCACGCGCCCGACAGCGGUGGCGACGGGGGUGGCGUCGCGAACCACUCCAACCACCAGCCCCACUCGCCGCCUCCCCCCGCGCUCCCCGCGGAGGUGGUGCCGGCGUACCCGCCCCCGGAGUCGGUGGACGACGAGAUCUGGGUCUGGACCCAGAUCAAGGCGGAGGCCCGCCGCGACGCGGACGCGGAGCCGGCGCUCGCGUCGUUCCUCUACGCCACCGUGCUGUCCCACCCGUCCCUGCCGCGGUCCCUCUCCUUCCACCUCGCCAACAAGCUCUGCUCCUCCACCCUCCUCUCCACGCUUCUCUACGACCUCUUCCUCGCCUCCUUCACCGCGUACCCUUCCCUCCGCGCCGCCGUCGUCGCCGACCUCCUCGCCGCGCACUCCCGCGACCCCGCCUGCGUCGGCUUCUCGCACUGCCUCCUCAACUACAAGGGCUUCCUCGCCAUCCAGGCCCAGCGCAUCGCGCACGUCCUCUGGGCGCAGCAGCGCCGCCCCCUCGCGCUCGCGCUCCAGUCCCGCGUUGCUGACGUAUUCGCCGUCGACAUCCACCCCGCCGCCGUCGUGGGGAAGGGCAUCCUCCUCGACCACGCCACCGGCGUCGUCAUCGGUGAGACGGCCGUCAUCGGUGACAACGUCUCGAUCCUCCACCACGUCACCUUGGGUGGCACUGGGAAGGCGGUCGGCGACCGGCACCCCAAGAUUGGGGAUGGCGUGCUGAUUGGUGCAGGAGCCACGAUUCUUGGCAACGUGAAGAUUAAUGCUGGGGCUAAGAUUGGGGCAGGAUCGUUGGUGCUGAUAGAUGUUCCGGCGAGGAGCACGGCGGUGGGGAAUCCCGCGAGGCUGAUCGGUGGGAAGAAAGCGGAGGGCGAGAAGGAUGAGGACAUGCCGGGGGAGUCCAUGGAUCACACGUCCUUCAUACGGCAGUGGUCAGAUUACACCAUUUGAGAGCGAUUUUCCGAUGUCUACUACUCUUCCUCUGUAUCAUCAGCAGUGGUGAUGUACCAAAUAGCAAUGUACUACUAUCAGCUCUUGUGUGCUCUGGUUUUGUCUGGGACGAACUGUAUUGUAGAAGUGUAGCGUUUGUGAUCAAUCGUUUUGUCAGUUGAAUGUGCCACGCUCAGAUACUGAUAAAUUGUGGUUGAUCAAUGAAUAAAGUUUGUAUAUCCACAGAGAGUUGGUUGGAUUUUGUCA